ACAAAAAAAAAAUGGGGCUUCACACGUAUUGCAAACAGUAUAAAAGCAAAAGCACACAGUUCUAAUCUAGCAGUCACUAAGGCCAACAAGAUGAAUCCGGAACAACCCAAGUCCGAAGGGUCAUCGCUGUCGCACCAGAUGAAGCAGAAUUUUCGCAAGAUGAACGACCUGGUGGAGGAGUUGCAGCAGGAGAAGCAGAAGGUGGCCAGUCUGCAGCACAACGCCGGACGCAACCAGCAGCUCGAGGAGCACAACGCCAGUUUGGAGCAGCGAGUGCGCCAACUGGAGCUGCGUAAUGAGCAGUUGGAGGAGUUCAACAGCGAGCGCAUUGGUAUCCUGCAGCAGCUGCAGCAGGAGAUGUGCAACUACGCCACAAUUCAGGAAAAGUUCGAGGAGGAGGAGCAGUCCAUGCAGUUGAUCGUGCGCGAGCUGGAGCUGGACCGCCAGGAUCUGCUGGACGAGCUGACCGAGAGCACGGGCAGCAUCGAAGACCUUAACGAAGAGGUGAAUGAGCUUAACCAGCAGCUGAACGGGAUGAGCGAGGACAUCAACUGCUCCAUUUGCCUGUCGCCCUGGGAGUCGGAGGGCGGGCAUCGACUGGUGUCGCUGCGCUGUGGCCACCUCUUCGGGAACAAGUGCAUACGCACCGUCCUUCGGCAGUCGCACCGAUGCCCCAUCUGCAAUAAGUGGGCCCAUCACGCCGAUGUUCGCAAGAUCUACGGACUCAGCGUUUUGCCAAGUUGAGGGCUUCGAUUUAAGUUUCUCGAAGAAACACAGAACCUGGCCCUUAUUUGUUUUAUCUGUACGAUUGGUUUUUUUUUAAAGCCGUGAAUUUCUCAAUAUAAUAAUUCUCAUACCUACAAAAUACUUUGUAUAAAAUCUAUCAAAUCGAGGAAAUCAACAAUAAAGGCAUACCCCAACCAAAUAAUUUGGAAGUAAA